AUGGAAGGCUCACUCGUCACAGGACUCCCUGUCGAAGACUUCGUUAAGGCUGUCUGGGGCCUUGACCGGGCCAAGCUCCAUGAGAAAGAACAUACACCCGGCCUUUCAGCCGAAGAGGUCGCUCGAUAUCAUUCCCCGCGCCUUGAAACCACUCGUUACAUCCCGUUCACCGCUAUACUUGCCCAACUCCUCCUGGACUACAUCAGCUACAUGCGCCAGCAUAAUCACCUAGACGAAGUCGAUCUUCCGUGCGGGGUAUUUUUUGAGGCGCGUUUAGGACAUGAUGUUGUACAUGGUGGUGAUGGGUCUCAGCGAAAACCCGAUGCGGCUGUCACAGCUCAGAUAGGCGAAGCCGUUUUUGCGAGACUGCGAGAGAUUGGCGAUAAGAGCGCACGGAUGGUGCUUACGGCGAAGGACAAGCUUCGCGAGGGAGUUCGUUUGGUAUGGGAGUACCUGCUCGCUUUCUUCGAGUUCAAGAAGAAAAAGAAAACCAACAGCUUUGACAAUGAAGAAGGACCAACUCUCGACACGCGCGCUACGGUCUCAGAACUACCACCUCGCAAGCACGCUCUCGACACCUCUGAUGAUCCCAGCCCAGCGCCUAAACGUCGGAAAGGGCCAUCCUCCAAGUCCAUCUCUGCCCUUCCAAUUGUCCCGAUUCCUCCAGGCCCUUUGCCCGUAACCUCGGCAGGCGAUUCAGACUCUCGGGAGCUUGUGGAUACUCGCAAAGUAUUGAACGACGACGAGCUACAAGCAGCUGAUUAUGCUCACGAAAGCCUUCGAACUGGUCAUCGGCGGUAUUCCACAGGAAUCUUCAUCGACGACGAUAUCGUCACCCUGUGGUACUAUGAUAGAAUGGGCGCCGUACGGUCGAAACCCUUCGACUUCGUUCGGGAACCGAACAAACUACUCGCAGUCGUCAUUGCCCUUGCUAGCGCUACCGUCACAAAUUUCGGGUUCGAGCCUAUGAUAUGUACUCCGGGUCCUUCAGCCUCGUUGCCUCCCCUAGCACCCGUAAAGGGCAAAAAUUGGAAGGCAGUAGACCUUUCACGCUCCAAAGACCCUGUCAUGCGCAAAAGGGUUCGUCAAAUCGCUGAACUCACGAAAUUAUACGACAGAUAUCGAAAGGAAGUCCCUCCGGACGAGAAUUUGACCGACUGCUACUUCCGCAUCUCAUGCCGAGUCAACCUCGCUGACCGACCUUUAUUCGAAGUGCCGUCUUCGUCGCCCUCCCGAGUUGCUGCUACCAAAUCUUCUACAUCAUUCCUCUCCUGGAUAUGGCCCUCGUCGCGACCGAAGACUGAAACCGUCCCACCACGAUCGGACGUCGUUUUCAAGAUCAAAGGGAGACCUCUCUAUGUGCAGGACGGUUUGGUCGGAAGAGGGACCGUAGUUCUUCAUGUGGAGAUUGAGGAGGACGAAGAAUAUCAGUUUCCUCCCGAUAUCAUCACCAAGAUAAGCUACCCCCCGAGGAGUCGCAUCCCAGAAGAUAGUAUCAUUCGACAUGUUCGAUACUGCAUUCCCGAGAGGUGGAGGAACCACGUCACAGGCCUCUCAUGCUCCACGACUCUUUCGAUGCCAAGAGAAGACGAUUCCUUGACGGAAGGAGAGAAGAAUGCAGCGGGCUCUACAGAUGAUGAUCUUUUGGAGAUCCCUCGAAAGGACAUCAUGGUCGCCGUUCGCGCCCGUAUCAAGCGGCGUGAUCAAGAGGAUCUAGACGAAGAGGAGCGGAGGGAAUUAUCGGACGCCUUCAUCGGACCAGAGUACGAGGAACGCGUCCUUCGCGUCCUUGUUUGUGAGAAGAAUCUGCCGCUGAACCGGGUCGAAAAUAUAGAUGAGUUCAUGUCGGUUUUCCUGGACGUCGUGAAAGCUCACUAUGUCGUGUACACGAAGGCCGGUAUACUCCAUCGCGAUCUGAGCGUCAACAACAUCAUGUUCAAGAGGGAUCCCUCCACCAAUCGCGUCAUUGGCGUCCUCAAUGAUUGGGAUCUAGCGAUUCCCGUGAACCGUUCGGAGUACAAAUUCGAGAAGCCUACUUCUUAUCAUCGCACAGGCACCGCCACAUUCAUGUCUAUCGAAUUGCUCGAGGACGAAAACAGGACGAUCCCGCACCUUUACCGUCACGAUCUUGAGUCCUUUAUGUGGACACUUAUUUGGUGCGCGUUCAACUUCCUUUUCCACGGUGUUGAAGUACCCUACAAGUUACGGGACGCUGUGGUUCGGGACUGGGUCAAUAUAAGCUGGCAGCGCAUCCGUCAAUCGAAGAGGGAUUUUCUAGGAAUAGUCACCAAGGCACUCGCAAAGACGACGAAGGUUAUGCAACCGUUGGUGCGAAAGAUCCUUGGACCUAUUUCUCAUAGUAUGGCCCGCGCAUUUCUUGAGCGCGACCAGAGCCAGGAAUCAUUCGACGGGCCAGCUCGUCUUAGGAUCACGAGGACGGACUUCUUCGACGACUUCUUCACCUUCGAUUGUUUCAUGGAAGUUCUCGAACCAGAGGUGGAGGACCCGGUGGCUGCUUUAUGGGAGGAGACGUGA